GAUCGUGGGUUAUACUGUGGUACUGUUGGAAUUGGAUGGCGUGCAUUGCAGGCCAAGCAUGAAUCGAAUUUUCUGAGCAGAUCGAAUCCUCAACUACAAUAAUACUCAGCACGUCAGAGCUCAGAAGCCACUUCAAGCCAGAACCAGGUAGGGAGAGAGAGAGAGAGAGAGAGAUGGGGGUGACAAAGGAGCAAGUAGAAUCUUCGUUGAGGGCAAAGAUGAAUCCUUCGCAGCUCGAGGUCAUUGAUACAUCUGGAGGAUGUGGUGCAAGUUUUGCGAUUGAAAUUGUGUCAGAAAAAUUUGAAGGGAAGAGGUUGUUGGAGAGGCAUCGGCUGGUGAAUGCUGCCCUGGAAGAAGAAAUGAAAGAAAUUCAUGCUUUAUCAAUUAAGAAAGCUUUGACCCCAGAGCAGUGGAACCAGCAGCAACAGCCUGAAAAAUCUCAUCCUGCUUCUUAGAACAUGAGUUGAAAAUAGUUGUGACAGAACUGUGUGCUAUUGCUGAUAAGCAUGGAAUGACUUGGGAAUAUAUCUUGAGCUUGUUGAGACUUGGGUCCUAGUUUAUUUACUUAAAAAAUUUAGCGUCAUUUUUCCUA